AUGGGAGGUGGCGAUUUGAAUUCUAAGAAAUCAUGGCAUCCAAGUACAAUGAAAAAUCAGGAGCGUGUCUGGAAAGCCGAACAAGUUGCAGCUGAGGAAAAGAAAAGAAUUCUUGAACUCCAACAGGAAAGAACACAAGAAAGAGAUUGUCAUGAGCUUAAUGAGUUAGCUCGAAAGAACUUAACAGAUGCAUCAGAUAGCCGUUUGGAUUGGAUGUAUAAAAAGCCUGAUAAAAAUGUACAGCAGGAGGAAUACCUUCUCGGCAGAGCUAUUGAUAAAAAAUAUGAUGAAAAACCAAAUUCUGAGCAGAAUGAGAUACCUGCCGUUUCACGCAGAGUAGUUGGAUCUAGUAUGAUAUCAGCAUCUAAUGACAUUCAAGUUGAUUUAGCAAGAAAGAUAAGAGAAGAUCCACUAUUAUUGGUAAAAGAGAGAGAAAGAGCAGCAAGGGCAGCGUUAUUAAAUAAUCCUGUACAACGUAAAAAGCUAACGGAGCUUCUACGCAAAGAACAAGAACUGAAGGUACAGAAAGAGAAAAAGAAACACAAGAAAAAAGAUAAAGAUUUGGAUAACAUAUUAGCAGCCAAAUUAAAUGCUUUAAGUUCAGACAAAGUGGAUUUAGCUAAACUUCUCGAAUCUGAUAGUUCAUGCUCUGAGGAUGAUUCCACAAUAGAAAAAAAGACCAAGCAAAAAAAGAAAAAGAAAAGUAAAAAACACAAGAGGGAAAAAUUAAGUGAAAAAGUCAAUAAAAAAGAUGAGAAAUAUUCCAACGAUGAAGUAUCUAACAACAGGUCUAAUAAGCAAAGUGAAGAUUAUCGUCAGCAUACUGGUAAACGUAAAAAAAUUGAAGAUGAAGAAAGUCACAGCAAGAAAUCUAAAAAGGAUUUAAUUAAUAAAAGUGAUAUAUAUGAUGAUCAACCAAAAUAUAAAACAUAUUAUGAACGCGAGCAUGGCAAAAAUAGAGCAGAAAGUAGACGGUAUAAGGAAGAUAGUAAGGAUCAUAGCUACAAUACUCAUAAACAAUCUGAAUCAGAUAACGAACGAAAAAGAGAACAUAAGCCAAAAGUUGCUAGAAGUGAAUACACUGAAAAAGAAAAGCAAAAAAAACCUCAUAAAUUGAGUGAUGAGGAAAAAGCUGCUAGGUUGGCAGAAAUGAUGGCUGCUGGCACAAAACGAGAAAUAGAGAGAGGUCGUCGUGUAGCAGAACAAAAAGCUGAAAAUGAAGCCAAUGAAAAAGAAUCCAGGUCACGUAUUCCCUCUCGAAAUGAAGCUCGUGCAUUACCCGAGUCACUGUCAAGUCGGAUUCACUCCAACCGCCAUUACAUUCAAAGAAAUGAGCGUCACAUGAACGAAAAUUUUGCCAGAAGGUGA